AUGGCAUCGAGUAUUUUAUUUGAAGAUCGUUUUGUUAUAAGUAGUGUAGAUAAUUCAAAAUUUGAAAAAGUAAGCAGAAUAAAAGCUAAAAGUACUGGUUAUGAUGCUGAAUUAAUUCUAGAUGUUCAUUCAGAAUUAUUUAAAGUGGAAGAAAAAAAGGCUAUUUAUCUGGCUCUACAAGAUAAAUUUUUAAUGAAAAACGAUGAAAAAAUAUGGGAACAAACUGAAAACAUUUCGUUAAAUAAUAUUGAAUACAUUAUGAGUGGAAGAAUUUUUAAAUUUGAAGAAUUAUCAUCUGAAAGAAGAACGGUUUAUGCUUCCUUUGGUGGAUUGAUGAUGGCUUUAACUGCUGAUAAGCAGUUUAUUGGAGAUUUGGAAAUAGAUAUGAAAAUUUAUUUACUCACAAAAAAUGUAGAUAUUGAAAGAACAAGAGAAUAA